GUAACACUUAACUUUCAUCAUCAUCCUAACCAUCACAUGAGAAACACACGAAGAACAUUAUAAAACACCUUCGACUUCAGGUUGAGAACUCCCCCACAACUCUUCCAUCUCUCUGGUAUUCACAACAUCCCGCCGGAGCAGCCAUUUUACAACGCUCUACCUUCUCGGAGAUCAACAAAUCAAACCGAUUAACUAGUUUUCAAUUACUUCUAAAAGCUUUUCCAUUUCCAGAUUUUCUUUCAGACUUGAUCCAGAGCUUGUUACCUCCCAUUGGAAGCAUCAGUCUCCCGUUUUCCUUAAUAUCGCGGUUUCGUUCUUUAACCCUGAUUCCGCAUUAAAUACAGCUAUAUGUAUGUAUAAUACUCCGUAGAUAGAAUAUAUAAGUGCAAGUGAAAGGUUUUUUCUUUUUUGAGAAAUCCAAGUAAAAUGACGAUCGAGUCGAUGCCCGGUAGCUCAGGGUACUUAGACGUUGGCGACAGGAAGGUCACGUAUUUCAGUAAUCGUUAUGUCCUUGGUUUGACCGUCAUCGCUGGUAUUGGGGGCCUCCUUUUUGGCUACGAUACAGGAGUAAUUUCUGGAGCACUUUUGUACAUUAAAGAUGAAUUUGAGGAGGUGAAUCAAAGCAGUUUCCUACAGGAAACUAUUGUCAGCAUGGCUUUGGUUGGAGCUAUGAUUGGAGCUGCUGCAGGAGGAUGGAUUAAUGAUGCUUAUGGGCGGAAAAAAGCUACUCUUUCAGCAGAUGUUGUUUUCACAAUGGGAGCCAUUGUUAUGGCUGCAGCUCCAGGUCCAUAUGUCCUUAUACUUGGACGACUUUUGGUUGGUCUCGGGGUUGGUGUGGCUUCUGUCACUGCUCCUGUUUACAUUGCUGAAGCAUCACCGUCUGAAAUUCGGGGAGGACUUGUGAGCACCAAUGUACUGAUGAUUACUGGUGGACAGUUUCUUUCCUACCUUGUCAAUCUUGCUUUCACCGAGGUCAGGUGUUCAUGAUUUGCUCUACCCUUCAACUUUAUCUUGUAAUUCAUUUUGAUUAUUAUAAAUGAGUUUUAGGUUUCUUAAAUUUUGUGAGCUUCAAUAGUAAAUUGUGAUAAAAUCACAAAUCUUUAAAUAAUUUUACUCGUUUUUGCUUAUGCCAUCUUAAGUCUAAAAAAAAAUGGGGUUCCCAAGUCCUUGAAGUCCUAAAUCAACCGAAAAGGAGGGGAUUUAACCUGAUGUGAAUCGGACACACAGAGUGCCUGAUUCAUUUAGACAUCAGGAUGCGUGGGCACAGUAGUAUUUUCUUUCUCAUGUUGAUGUUAUGCUUUGAAGAAGCAGCAUCAAGAUAGAUUUAUGGGGCUUGCAUUAUAGUUUUCACUAUGAGUAAUAUCCCUGGGACUUGGAGAUGGAUGCUUGGAGUGUCUGCUGUGCCAGCUGUUAUACAGUUCUGUCUUAUGUUAUUUAUGCCCGAGUCUCCACGGUGGCUCUACAUGAAGAAUGAUAAAUCGAAGGCUACAGUUGUUCUUUCCAAAAUCUAUGAUCCUUAUCGCUUAGAGGAGGAGAUUGAUCAGUUAGCUACUGCCUUAGAGGAAGAAAGCUUUAGAAAGAAAUCUGUCAGAUACACAGAUGUUUUCAAAUCAAAAAAGCUUAGACUUGCAUUUUUUGCUGGAGCUGGACUGCAGGCAUUCCAACAGUUGACUGGCAUCAAUACAGUCAUGUACUAUAGUCCAACAAUAGUGCAAAUGGCUGGCUUCCGUUCAAACCAAAUAGCUUUACUUAUCUCACUUAUUGUCGCGCUGAUGAAUGCCUUUGGCACAAUCCUGGGAAUUUACCUCAUUGACCAUAUCGGGCGCAAAAAGUUAGUCCUGACGAGUUUAUCUGGUGUGAUAGUUUCCCUUGUUCUUCUCGCCGGAUCUUUUAUAAUCUUAGACCCGUCAUCUACCACGGGCCACGGGCUGUACGGAUGGGUUGCAGUUAUAGGCCUGGUUCUUUACAUUGCCUUCUUUUCCCCUGGGAUGGGCCCUGUGCCUUGGACAGUGAGCUCAGAAAUAUACCCCGAAGCAUACCGAGGUAUAUGUGGCGGAAUGUCGGCCACUGUUAACUGGAUAUCCAAUAUCAUAGUGUCAGAGAGUUUCCUGUCAUUGGCAGACGCCAUAGGCACCGGUGGCACUUUCUUGGUAUUUGCUGGUAUGGCUGUUGCUGCCUUUGGGUUUGUGGUGGCUUUUGUGCCCGAGACCAAGGGCCUGACGUUCGAGGAAGUCGAUAGCAUCUGGAAGGAUAGAGCUUAUGGAAAUGGCUCCUCUGCCAGAGAAGCUCUUGUUGUACCUGGAAACCAAUCUCGAGAGUAGGGAGGCAGCUCUUCCCUUAUCUAAUUAGUUUGUCUGUAGAUAUAUGUCGAGUUAUAGUGUUUAGUCCCGAGUGCAGUUUUCUGUGCAUUUGUUGCGGUGAUGCACUGGCGGCUCGUAUUUGUGGUGUAGAAUAAUACUCUUUAUUUUGAAUGUCCUUGGUCUAUAUAGACUUUAUUUAAUCAUCUACCUGUCUGGCACUCUGGCUUGGGUUGGUGUCAAAUCUCCAAGUCAAGAAGGUUAAAUAAAACAUAUUAUCUCUACCAAUUAUAUUAGGGAAAUUCUAUUGAAAGC